CAUGCUUGAUCCAUGCCGAUCUAUGGGUGGGAAACACGGGGACAUUCUCUGAUAGGAAGCAUCUAUAUCUUUGACUCUGCCGCAUUCUAUGCGCAUAACGAGAUGGAGACAGCAAAUUGGCGAUGCAGCAAUAACAAGAUCCAUGACCAAGUGUAUAUACGCACUUACUUGCAUCACUUCGCGCCCAGUGAACCACAACAGGAAUGAGAUGACAGGACCGGCAUGUACUCGGUAUACUAUAAUACUAUCUACUCUGUCAGUCAUAGAAGUGAAGGGACUGCUGUUCAUCAGAAGUGAGUUGCCCUCCCAAGCUCUCUGCACGUGCGAGGCUGACUCCGAAGCCAGGGCCUAUGUUGAAUUGUAUUAUUUGGUCGAUGAAUACGUGCCAUUCGGAGAAGGUACCGGGCCUCGAAAGACUGGCAAGUCUGAGCGGGUUUCACUCUCGGAUGAACGAGAUUAUACUAGAGCUUGAGCGAUCGUAGCCUUCGCUACCUGGGAGCUGGGACUAUGGGCAUGAAGCUUUCGACAGCUUAUUGCAUAGACAACGAACUGAAAUUUU